GCAUUCCUCUUUGGCGAGGAGACAAUCAGUUGCAUUUUGCACUCCUUCUCAUCCGGUGCACUGAUCCUUUCAUUCCCUGCCAAAGCAUUCAUCUUCUUCAUUUUUUGUUAAAGUUCCUUUCGUUAAAAAUAUUUCCGUGUGAAUGAAUCCUCUGCCGUACCUCGUAAUCUCCCUCGCGGUGUCCUGUUUUGCUGUCCUCCACUUCAGUAGUCCCAUAUGUCCGGGAACAGUUGAAAAUAUCUACGUAGACUCAACAGUGGGAUGGAUGGGAUUUGGUUUUGCUUGGACAACAUGGUCCCAAUAUCUACACAACAUCACAAUUGCAGUUAAUUUGGCUACUGUUGAACUAGAAGAAAAUACCACCUUUCUCGGUUCCAUAAGGAUGCUUCACUUCCACAAACUCCGCUCAACAGAAGACAAAACUCGAUGGAAUAUUAAUUUUGAAAUAAAAUUCCCAAUUCAAGAUCCCCUGCCAGACAUCACAGCUCUUAUACUUAAUGGUGAUUACAUAUGUGCGACUAAAGAAAAUGCAUACAACAGCUCUAAACCCGUUAAGAUAAAGGUCUUCAUGGAAUACAAUCAUUUUACAAAGUAUCAGACAUCCAGUGCAAAAAUUGUUGCAAUACACACCCCAAAACCAACAACAGCUCUUGAUCAGAGAUUUCCGGUAGUCGAUGAUGUGGAAUGCGGUACAAUUGAUUAUGCGAACAUCUUCCAAUCUCUCGUACUCCAUGGGCAGACCAUUACAAGAGGCAGCUGGCCGUGGCUUGUAUCAAUCUUCUCCUACACUGGCCCACGUUUGGGCUUUCAAUGCGGAGCUACGCUUAUUUCCAACAAAGUCGUCAUAACGGCUGCUCAUUGCUUCUUCGAUCGCUACAACCGACAAUUACCCACUGAGGAUGUCCUCCUCAUUCUUGGUCAGCACAAUCUUAAGCGCCCCCACGAUCAGGGCACGCAGAUUGUCUACCCGCACAGCAUAAACAUUCACAAGAACUAUCGGAAACGCAACACGAUCGAUUCGGACAUUGCUGUGGUGGUUCUAGCGGAGGUAGUGCGCUUCACAACCUUCAUCCGUCCAGCUUGCCUGUGGAAGGGAUCUGAGAGUAAGGAUAGCCUUGUGGGACUGAACGGUGUGACAGCUGGAUGGGGUCGUGAUGAGCAUGGGAAUUUCUUUACGGAACUCCCGAAGAAGGCAGAGAUCCCCGUGGUUUCCGACGAAACAUGCCUCCGUUCGCACGAUGCCUUCACAAAGAUCACAUCCGAAGUGACUUUCUGUGCAGGAUGGCGCAAUGGGACAGACGGCCCAUGCAAUGGGGAUUCCGGCGGAGGACUCAUGUUUGAACGGGAGGGACGAUGGACCCUCAGAGGUGUUGUGUCAACAUCCCUCACAGACAGACAAUCCAAUCUAUGUGAUCUCAAGGAGUACGUUGUCUUUACGGACGUUGUGAGUUUUGUCGUUUGGAUUGAAACAUUCUUAGUGGAAUAACGCAUACAAAAUGCCUUCCCCAAUAUGACUGAAAAGGCAUUAAUAACUUUAAAAAAAAAAAGAAUAAAUCAAGAGAAAAAAAACUCAUUUUUCAUCUCAUUUCCUAAAUUUUAUUCACUGGUUUUGGAUGUGUUUCGUCUCUCACACAUUCCGCGAAAGUCCUUCAACUUUUUUUCAUUCCUCUUAAAAAUUCUAUUAUGUUGAUCGUAUUUAGGUUAAAUUAAUUUAUAAAUUAAUUUAGGAAAUAAAAAUGUGUGUCCUUCA